AUGGUCAUCUUCUGCUACAAUACUAGCCUGCGGGUGAUGCUGCUGCUUAAGCAUAUACAUAAAGUAACAGUCCUCCUCCUGUACGGACUGAUCCUCUUCCAAGCGUACGGUAUGAAGCUCCACUAUACUGGAGGACUGCGCCUCAUAGCGGUGCUACUGAAGUGUCCUCACUGGAAGCGAGCGACACUCGUCAGCAGCGUGUGGCUGCUCAGCGGCUCGCUGGUCGCCGCCAACGGGAUGCUCGUGUAUGCUGCCUGCAGGGGAACUCUAAAGGCUCUGAUGAAGGAGUUAUCAUCAUCGCUACGUAUCGGUAUCUCGCAGUAUUUGACGGAACCGACUUGGAAGGCACUCAUGGAUACAAUGCAGGUGGAACUAAGUUGCUGUGGAGCGGACAAGCCUACAGACUGGCACGAGAUACCCUGGAUCAACAUGGACUUCUUAAAUGAAGGAUCUGAGUUGGUCAUGAAGUUAGCGGGAGCAGAUGGUAAAGUGCUGCCCCCUGUAUCCCCGUACUCUUGUUGUACGCCGCGUGUACUUGCUCCGUGCUACCACGACCCUUUACAACAGUCGGAGUGGCGCGAGGUAUGGUCGGAGUCGUCCCCGCUACUGUCGGCGUCGCUGCACACGCGCGGCUGCGUGGAGGCCGUGCGGGCCCCACUCACUCGCGCACUACUCGCACUGCAGUGCUUUAACAUGCUCGUCUUCUUGUUCCAAAUCCUAAUAGUAGUGCUAACCCAGCUCCUCCGUACGAGUGCCCGCGAGGCCGUGCUGCGCGGGGACUGUAGUGGGACUGGUCGAGGCGUACUCUUUGGGAGACUGCCGCUACAACUACAGCGCACGACAUCGAGCCGAGAAGAGGAGCUCCUAGCAUGUUCGAGUACAAGCGCGGGCAUAGUCCCGGAGCCGGCGGCCGGGCCGAGCUACUGCGCGCACUACUCGCGCCGCGGCCGCAGGCGGCACUGCAGGACACAUGCCCGGAACAGCUACCCGUACCUGUCUUAGCCUUAAUCAUAUUAUGUCUGACUAUUUCAAAACUUGUGAAAGUGAAUCUUGUGUGUACUGUACUCUUAUGAAGUUGUUCAAAGAACUGAAUUGCAUCAGUGAUCAGUGAUAUAUUGGUUGAGACUGAACAGUGAAGUGUAAAGGCUAAA